ACGGGGGCACCGGAACCGCGGCUGUGGUCGGGCUGGCUCCUUGGCGAUUGCAAGUCCCGGGUUGCAGGGUCCGGACUGCCCCCGGGGCGGCGGCCGGCUGGGAUGGCAAGAUAGCGGCGCGGGAGCGGUCGGACUGACUCCGUAGCGCAGACAAUGGGUGUUUACUCCUGGUGGAAGCAGCCAUCCUGGAUGGCGGACAAUAAAAGGAUGGGAAUGACUCCAGCCUUGCCCCGGCUCCUGUCAGCUCUGACGCUUCUGCAUCUGACAGCGCAAGUACAUAGUCUGAAGAAGGGGGCAAUUGAAGAUUUCAAAUGUACAACCAACAAUAUGCAGGUGUGGGACUGCGCGUGGACAGAACCCUUUGGGAUCAGCCCUGGAACUGUUAAAGAAGUUUGUUUUAAAGACAGGCUCCGUUCUUGCCGUCGAUUAGAGACAACAAACAUUAAAAUUCCAGCUCUUUUACCUGGUGAUCAUGAAGUAACCAUCAAUUACAUAAAUGGCUUCCAAAGUAAAGUCACACUGAAUGAAAAAGAUGUUUCUUUAUUUCCAGCUACUCCUGAGAUUUUGAGUUUGUCUGCUGACUUCUCGACCUCCACGUUACUCCUGAAGUGGAACGACGGAGGUUCUGCCCUGCCACACCCCUCGAAUGCCACCUGGGAAAUUAAGGUCCUUCAGAAUACGAGCGCGGAACCCAUCAAAUUAGUAUCAUUCAACACAACACUAAGUGGUAAAGAUACAGUUCACCACUGGAAUUGGACCUCAGACCUGCCCUUGGAAUGUGCUCCUCACUCUGUGGGGAUUAGAUGGUACAUUGACUAUCCUCGCUUCUCUGGUUCUAAGGGGUGGAGUGACUGGAGCCUGCUCAAGACCGUCUCUUGGACUCCUAACUCUGAGAGCAUUGUCUUCCCUCAAGACAAAGUGAUUCUUGCAGGCUCGGACAUAACAUUUUGUUGUGUAAGUCCAACGAAGGUGAAGUUUGGACAGAUUGGCAGUACACCUCAAACUCUUAUCCAUCUUUAUGGGGAAAGCGUUGCCAUCCAUAUCCGGAAUAUUUCUGUUUCUGAGAACAGUGGAACAAAUGUGGUUUUCACAACAGACGAUAACGUGUAUGGAACGGUUGUCUUUGCAGGCUAUCCGCCUGAUGUUCCCCAAAAGCUGAAUUUUGAGACACAUGAUUUCAAAGAGAUUAUAUGUACCUGGGAUCCAGGGAGGCCAACAGGUCUGGUGGGCCCACGAGAAACAGAUUACACUUUAUUUGAAAGCAUUUCGGGAAAAAUCAUCAUACAUAAAAGACCGGACACACUUACAAAUGAAAGCUAUCGAUUAGUCUUCCCAGUGCUUCCAGACCAAGAGAUCUAUAACUUCACCCUGACUGGUCGGAACCCACUGGGACAGGCAGAAUCGGUAGCAAUCAUCAAUGUAACUGAAAGAGUUGCUCCUCAUGUGCCUGUUUCGCUGAAAUUGAAGGACAUCAAUUCAACAGUUGUGAUACUUUUCUGGCAUUUACCAGGAAAUUUUGCCAAGAUUAAUCUCCUAUGUCAAAUUGAAAUUCGUAAAACUAAUUCAGAACAAGAAGUGCGGAAUGCCACACUCAAAGGAGCCGAGGAUUCCACUUAUCUUAUGGCUGUGGACAAAUUAAGUCCAUAUACUACAUACACUUUCCGGGUGCGUUGUUCUGCUGAAACUUUCUGGAAAUGGAGCAAGUGGAGCAAUGGAAAGCGGCAUUUAACCACAGAAGCCAUUCCUUCAAGGGCACCGGAUACUUGGAGAGAGUGGAGCUCUGAUGGAAAAAACUUAAUUAUCUAUUGGAAGCCUUUACCCAUGAGUGAAGCUAAUGGGAAAAUACUUUCCUACAAUGUGUCGUGUUCAUCAGAUGAGGAGACGCGGUCCCUUUCUGAGAUCCUGGAUCCUCAACACAGAGCCGAGAUACGGCUUGACAGACACGACUACAUCAUCAGUGUGGUGGCAAGAAACUCUGCUGGCCCAUCACCGCCUUCUAAGAUAGCUAGUACGGAAAUCCCAAAUGAUGACAUCAUAGUAGAGCAAGCCGUUGGCAUGGGAAAGAGGAUCUUCCUCUCGUGGCAUCACGACCCCAACAUGACCUGUGACUACGUCAUUAAAUGGUGCAACUCAUCUCGUUCUGAGCCCUGCCUCAUGGACUGGAUAAAGGUCCCUUCAAACAGCACUGAGACUGUAAUAGAAUCUGAUCAAUUUCAGUCAGGAGUAAGAUAUAAUUUUUACCUCUAUGGGUGCACUGAUCAGGGAUAUCAAUUGCUGCGGUCUAUAAUUGGAUAUAUAGAAGAAUUAGCCCCCAUCGCCGCGCCCAAUUUUACCGUGGAAGAUACAUCUGCAGACUCGAUAUUAGUGAAGUGGGAGGACGUCCCCGUGGAAGAGCUCCGGGGCUUCUUGAGAGGGUAUUUAUUUUACUUCCAGAAAGGGGAGAGAGAGACGCCUAAGACGAGGAGUUUCGAGACAGGUCAUUCUGACAUCAAGCUCAAGAAUAUCACUGACAUAUCCCAGAAGACGCUGAGGAUCGCUGAUCUUCAGGGUAAAACCAGUUACCACCUGGUCCUGCGAGCCUAUACACAUGGUGGCCUGGGUCCAGAGAAAAGCAUGUUUGUGGUGACCAAGGAGAACUCGGUGGGAUUAAUUAUCGCCAUCCUCAUCCCAGUGGCCGUGGCUGUCAUUGUUGGGGUGGUAACAAGUAUCCUUUGCUAUCGGAAGCGAGAAUGGAUUAAGGAAACGUUCUACCCCGAUAUUCCCAACCCAGAAAACUGUAAAGCGUUGCAGUUUCAGAAGAGCAUCUGCGAGGGGAGCAAUGCUCUUAAAACAUUGGAAAUGAAUCCCUGUACCCCAAAUAAUGUCGAAGUUCUGGAAUCCCGAUCAAUCGUUCCUAAAAUAGAAGAUACAGAAAUCAUCUCCCCAGUGGCAGAGCGUCCCGGGGAAGGCUCCGAGGCAGACCCUGAGAACCACGUGGUUGUGUCUUACUGCCCACCCAUCAUCGAGGAGGAAAUAGCAAACCCCACAGCAGAUGAAGCGGGAGGGACUUCCCAGGUCGUGUACAUUGAUGUUCAAUCCAUGUAUCAGCCUCAAGCCAAACCAGAGGAGGAACAGGACGUUGACCCCGGGGUGGUGGCAGGCUAUAAGCCACAGAUGCGCCUCCCCAUUAACCCUGCCGUGGAGGACCCAACAGCAGAAGAUGAGGCAGAUAAGGCCGCAGGUUACAGACCUCAGGCCAAUGUGAAUACGUGGAAUUUGGUCUCUCCAGAUUCCCCGAGGUCCACGGACAGCAACAGUGAAAUUGUCUCUUUUGGAAGUCCGUGCUCCAUCAAUUCCAGGCAAUUUUUGAUUCCUCCUAAAGAUGAAGACUCUCCUAAAUCUAACGGAGGAGGGUGGUCCUUUACAAACUUUUUCCAGAACAAACCAAACGACUAAACUAGUCACCCUUCGUCACUUUAGUCCGCCAUCUCAAGCUCUCACUGCUGGUGUUCCCGGCAGUAGCCGGGGCAUUCCUGGAGGGACCCUGCAAAUGUUGACAGUCAGGGACCGUCACUCUGGGCAAGUGACACUGCAAGUGUUACUGAGCUUUUAAUGUGUCCUAAAGCCAAAACACAGUGACUCAGAAACCUCAGCCACGGAAACUUAAGAUUUGAAGCUGUUUUUGAUUGAGCCAAAGAAUCCUCCAGAAGGAUUUCACGACUAACUCUGCCUAGUACAUAUAUGCAAAACAAGUCUCACAACCGUCUGCUGUUAAUGGUUUUUCUCUUCUUUGUAUGUUAUGGAAUUCCAAGUGGAUUUACGGGCAAGGAAGAAAAAUGUACAAGUCAAAGUAAUGUUAGUGUGCCUGACAUUUACUGCGGUCUAGAGGAAAACCAAGCACAGAUUUUAAAACUUUUAUGAUGUCUCCAUCCACAGCAUUUACAAAAGUGAAAACUUAGUUUUUAACGUAGCAGUAGCGAUCUGGUGUUCUGUUGGAUAGAGUGUGCUGAUGUCUGUGCCUAUCUGGUAUUCCAGUUGAUGGAGCGCGCUGAUUUCUCUGCCUACUGUAUAAUGGUUGUCAAACAGUUGUCUCAGGGGUACAAACUUGGAAAAACAAGUGUGACACUGACCAGCCCGAAUCAGAAUCACAUUGUCCUGCUUUAGUGGGGUGUGAAGACCUCUCUCCUAUCACGUAGCGUGCACGCUAGCUUACGUUCUGCGGCCCAUUGUCCUAAUGUUGGGAAUUUCUAGAACUCUAUCCAAAUUUUCUCUGUUUUUGUUUUGUGUUACAGUGUCUGCUUUGUAGGAGCAAAUUCAACAUUACUCACAAGUAUAUAAUUGUAACGAGUUACUAUGUAAGAUGACUACUAAGAAUAGCUACUAGUGUAUGCUGGCGCCAAGCUCUGCUAAGGCUCAGUUCCCUGAGAAGGUAUGCCAUUAAGCCUGACCAAUAGCUGAUGAUGAUCUUUGGGGCCUCUCAGUAGCUUUUUCCACUGCUCGUGAGUCACAGCCCCUCCAUCCUCAGCAACUGGUGGUCCAGGCUCUCAGACCCAAUCUUCAAAUCCAUAAGCUUAAACCUAAAGGGAGAUUAUUUCUCCCCAGAGCAGCUAGUAGAGGAUGAUUUUAAUAGAAGUCCUAAAACUUAUGGAAUUGGUGGGGAGUGGCCUGUGGUGGUUCUGUAAGCCGUGAAGAGCUGGGUCCUGAGUACAGCACCCUCCAUCUACCCUGGUUUCUCAGCAAUGUGGACAGUGACUGUGGUUCUAGGAAAAGCAGAGUAAAACCCUAAAAUUUAGGUUGUGUAUUUGCUCUGCCUUUGGAUUGUCAAAUUACGUGACAGUUUGAAACCCCUGAAUAGAAAGCCUUUGUUUUGUUUCAUCUGAAGUCCCCCAAAUUUUGCAGAUAAUGGAUUGUUUUUUUUUUUAAGUUCAUGUUUAAUCUUAAUUUUUCCUUUUUUUUUUUCUUUUUAAUGUACCUCUGGCUGUCUGAGUUCACUGCGUAGACCAGGCUGCCCUCAAACUCACAAGAGAUCCACCUGCCUCUGCUUCCUGAGCGCUGGGAUUAAAGGCAUGCACCACCAUGCCGGGCUUCAUAUUUUAUCUUUUUAAAAGUCAUGUGGGGAAAAAAAAAUUGCAGGGUGACAAGGGACAAAAAUCUAAUAGUCAAUGCAUGGUCCUGUUUUUAACCUUAGGAUUCAACUACAUUUUGGAUAUGAUGGUUUGUGAAAUGAAAUUCAAUUAGUUAUGCAUUUAUAUAGUAUAUAGAAGGUAGAUAAUAACUCUUAGAAAUUCUCAGUAACGAAAAAUACUCCAAACUAGAAGCACCUCCAAAGAGUUUAAUUUGUCUUCCUUGUGCCCUCUCUGGCUCCUUCUCGACCCUCCAGGCAGCCACUCUGAGCUCCUGUUGCCAUCCUCGCCCUGAUGCAUCUUGUUACGGCUUCUGCUCUGCUUGCCCUCGGCUCGUGCCUCCUUCCCCGCCGCAGCUUAUCAGUUUCAUAUUCCAUCUAACGAGGGCGAGUGUCUGUGGAGGUAGUCACUUAUCAUCCUGAACGACAUUAACUCGAGAACACAAGGAAAGGCCAGGGGAAAUGGGCUCAUCCUGUCAUCCAUGCCCCUUUCCUGUGGGCGUCUAGAGUGAAGGGCGUUAGAAUCCUGCUCAUGUCACCCUGCUUCUGAAUCCCAUUCUCAAGAACCACUGGGCUAGGAGAAGCGGGGUACCCGUGGAUUAUUUUAGGAAAAUGUGGCUGGGUGCUGUCUUUCCAUCCCUGUGCGGUAUGGUUACUGCUGCAGUUCCUCCUGAGUUGUGCAGGCAGAAGACUAAACAGAGAACAGGGGGGACAGGGACACGCAGGACAUGUUGUCACCCUUCUGUCCGCCUGUUUCACUCAGAUUUCCGUGUGAGCAGUGGAGACUUGGGGGGCCGGGGGGCGGUCUCAUCAUACUCGUGAGUGGCCAUUUUAACCCAUAGUUAAUUUAAAGGUAUUCUCAAACACAGGCUUUUGGCAUGAGGGCUGUGAGUCGUGUGCCACAUUGAUUCGCACAUCUGUCCCUUCUGGAUCCCCCCCCCCCCCAGUUGUUGAACCUGUGCUGUCCUGGAUUGGAGAUGGCAGUCCCGCGCAUCUGCAAUGUUGAGCUGUGUUUCUGCGCCCUGUGUGAUAGAGGGGCUUUUGUUCCUGCUGCUGGCAACAGAAGCAGCUAUUCAUCGGAAAACUCGAGGGAGGAAGUGUCAGCCUCAUUUUCCACAUUAGCAUUGCUUUCAUGGCUCCUGGGACUUGAAGGAUUGCAUUCAGAGCACCCAGUGCCAUCGUCGUACCCAGAAAUGGUAGAAAGUCCCAUUCUUUUAGACCUUCCUGCAAACUCAGGUCUUGUUUAGAAAUGUCUCCUGUCCCAGGAAUACUGUCUGUAUUUAUCAAAAUAUCACAGUCCUUUCUGUGUUAAAUGUAAUUUAGUGAAAGGCUAGAGAAUUUUCCCUCCCCAUGGGAAUUCACGAUCAAUGUCGUGGUAUUUUUCAAUUAAAGGACUUCUUAAUAUGUCAGUAUGCAGAAAGUAUUAUCUCAAAGUUUCUUACUGUUCAGGCACUUCAUCUGGUGAAACUUGUUUGUUUGCACUUAAGGUAGUUUUUGCUUUUUCUCAUUUCAAACUGUGUUAGAAUUAGUGAAAGGACUUUGAAAGUGUAAUCCUUGGCUUCCCAAGUGAAAUAUGGGGGGAGGGUCAUUAGCUGCUAAUGCCUGGCACACAGUGGAAGCUCAGUGGCUGUAUUGCUGGAAUUCCUUUCCACUGUUACAAAUUCAGCAGAACUGUCUGGAAGGAUGAUCAAGAUUAAGAUGUAGCUUGCAUCUAUCUGAAAGAUUUGAAUAUACGAUGGAAGCGGCCCCACAGUUUGAGGAAAAACUGAGAGGACUCACCAGACAGUUCAUCAGACACUGUCAGCGUACUUUUUUAACUGUGUAGAGCUUGCUUUUAUGUGAAGAGUACUCCAUUUGGAGACGUGUUUGUACCAAUCUAGCAUAUGUUAUGGGGAGCGAUGCAUGUGAGCUUAAGUGAUUCAUAGCAGAACUUACUCUCUUUGUGAAAUAUUUUGAACUGAUAUUUUCUGCUGAAACAGUUUCAUACUGUCAUAUCUGUCUUCCCUCUCAUAUCCAGAACCAAAAAAAAAUUUACAGAAGGGGUGGGGGGUGGGGUGAAGUGUGGCCAAACUUAUAGGACAUUGAUCUUUUAGAUAUAACCCUAGAAUAUCCUUCAAAUUCAUUUAGCUUGAAUCAUGAUUCUGCCCCAGUACGAUUCAUGCUGUUUAAACCUCUCAGUUUACCAGGGUCGUUAGAUUUUUUUUUACUCCUUUUCAAUUACUGCUUUUAUCUCGAUAACUGCAUGAUCAUGUUCAUACUGAUUAUAUUACAGAUGAAUUAUUUCUAAAUGUAGGCAUAAAGGAUGGAGAAUGACAUUUGGCUGAGUAAUACCAAGUUUUGUUUCAUCUUGUUAGAGUUUCUGGGGCUGUUAUUUGCUCUAGAAUAUCCACAUGUUUCUAAUUAUGAUAUUAGAUUAUGACUGGAUCCCAUUGUUUUUAACCAGAGUAGUACCUGUUCUCCCUGCAUUAUGAAUGAUAAUUUUUGUCCAAGGUGUAAAUAGAAUUUGCUUAAGUUAAAUUCUAACUGUGGUAUACUUUUAUUAUAAAUAAACCAUAACUGAUUGCACAUUAACUAAAUAUAAAUCCAUAAUAAUUUUUAUUACUUUUUGGUUGCUAGAACUGAAUACCUUAAAAAUGAAAAAAAUGCUGAGAAAAAAAUGACAAUGAAAUUAAUGUUUAUUACAUUCAUAUGUAAUAUGUCUUUAAGAUCACCUUUGUACUACUAGUCAAUCAGAACUGUAAAAGUAAGUAUUACAGACUUUUUGCUGUACUUAUGCCUAAAAUAUUGGGUAUGUCUAAUUUGCUGGCUACUUAAAUUUAUUCUGUUUCCUUAUGUGCACUUUUAUUUUUAAUUAUUCCAUUUUAAAUGGGCAGUUUCAACUUCUGAACUCACUUCCAGAUAUUCCAGUAGCAUAUCCUCAAAUAUCAAAAUAUUUUUAGGUGAUAAUCCUGUCUUCCUUAAGUCACGGGCAGCUCAGUACUUUGGUAGGUAGUUGUAGGACAGAAUGCUGAAUAAUAGUUUUCAGAUGAUAGUCUCCCUGUUUGAACCAAAUAUUGUCAUGCAUCUUCUCCUAGUAGGUCAAUUAUUAACCCCUGGUUCCUUCUAUUUAAUUUUCCUGCCAAUAUAUUAUUUAAGAACAUAUGAAAUACCACGGUAAAGCGUUGAAGCAUAAACCCUGUUCAGCUCUUUGUGGUGGGUUAGGUAUUAUGGGAUACCCUGAGACAGAGCAGCUGCUGAAAUAUAUUUCCAUUCAGAGCUGCUAUGAAAGGAUUGUUCUGGAUAGAAAGACAGAUAUCCUGAGUCUGAGAUGGUUCCAACUUACGGGUGUAUUCAAAGGUAAAAUAAGCCGUCUAAAAUUACUCAGUGUUCCUAGUAAGAUGUUUUCAAAAUGAUUUUUUUUUUUUACCAAAUCUUCCAUUAGCUGAUCAUAAGCCAUUAUCUCUGUAACACUAAGAAAUUGCCAUUUUUUCCUUUCAGAUUUGCAUUACAGUGCGUUACUGUUUACAAAAUACACAUACUGUGAACAGAUAUAAGUUUUUGUCUUGUAUAAGGUAGAAUGAAUGUUUUUUUAAGAUGGUGUUGUGUUAAAUAUUUUUAGGUUUUUAUAAGUAGUAACUGUUUACUAACUUUUGUUUGAUCAGGUGUGUGUAUGUGUAGCCGAGAGAAGAUAGACAUUGCGGUCUCCAUAAUUACCCCUUUUCAUUUUCUGUCAAGUUACCACUACAGACAUUUUUGUGUUAACACAAAUCAUCGGUUAUGAUGUGCAAUACCUAAAAUCAUGUUUAAUCCUAUAAGGAGUCUUUUACAAAUGCAUAUACAGGAAGUAAACCAAAUUGAUAUGUGUGUGACUCACUAUGACUCACAGAAUUCUGAGUUGAGUAUGGAAAAAAACAGCACUCAAGGAGAUUGAUAACUGAAGUAUUUCCAGUCUUGUGAAAUUUUGAAUAUAAAUUAUGUUGCUGUUAGAAUGGGAAAUUUGAGCAUUUUAUAUCAUAAUUUCCGAGGUUAGCUUCCAUGUCUUUUGGGAAACAUGAUUAUCACAAGAACAUAGAAUAUGUAAAUAGCCUAUUACUAAGACACUACAAAUAUAAAACUAGUAUCGCUUGACUGUUAAUUCUAUAAAGAUGUUACCUAUGUCUGUUUUUAAAACAUGCAUGUAUUUAACAAUUUUAUCAUAGUAUUGUCUUGGAAAGAAAUAAAUAUAUUUUCUUACAUCUUA